AUGGCGUCAGUAACGCCAGACUUCGGGACGCAGCUCGCCAAUGUGCGGCGACUGACGUCUUCCGCCCAAGCGCACCAAGCCAAGCCAGCGCAGCUCCUCACCGCGAUCGAGGCCACCAUUUCAUCCACGCUCCCCGGCUCAAGCCUCCCCCACUCCUCCACUGCAUACUUCACCGCGCUCCUUCAGUGCCUCGAGAAGGCGUGCGCGGAUGAGAUCCUCCCUGGAGAGACGGGCGAGGAGAUGGCCGAGACGGAGAACAUGAGCAGCGGCGCGUUGAUUCCCGCAACGCUCUACCUCCUUGCAAUUGUGGUGCCGGAGACACCAGCUCAGGUGGUGCUCUCCAAGCUCUCCCCGCUCCUGGAGUCCCUCCUCCCGCUGUACCCCACAGCGCUUGAACACCCUCCUCCCCUCCGCUCCCUCAUCCAAAUCUGCACCAGCGCCAUCCUCUUCGCGACGCCGGGUUUAAUGGGCUCAUCUCCGCUCCUCAAGCGUGCAUGGAACUACCUCCUCGAGCUCAACCUCGACCCGCGCCCCAAGGUCCGGCAUCUGGCGCAGGAGGGUGUCCGCAAGAUCCUCAUCACCCCCGUGCCUCCCCGCGUCACGCCUGGCGCCCACCCUUACCUGCCCCGCGCACGCGACUGGGUCACCAAUGUGCUGGAAGAGGACAUCCGCUCAGGUGGCUCGAGCAAGCCAACUUUCAAGGGCAAGAAGACGCGGUUCGCCGACUCGGAGGACUCGGAGGGGAAGAAGGCGAUCUGGGUCGUGCAAGGAUUGCGAGGUUGGGUGGCUGUAUGGGGCGACGAUGAGCUCAGCAAGCUCUGCGGUCUCCUCCUCGCACUCCCUCCCCACCCCCACCUCACCACGCAGGUGUACUCGCUCCUUGCCCACCUCCUGUCGCCUCCUCCUGCAGACCAGCACGCUGCCAAGCCCGCUGUCAUGACCAACCUGCCCAAGAUCGUUGACUCGCUCCUCCAGUCGCCACCUGAGCUCGGCUCGUCAGACAUGACGUCGUACUUGUCGGCGCUGAGCUCUGCCCUCAUUAAGAUGGUGCUCCAGGACCCCGCAAACCUCGGGGCGUACCUCCCCAAGGCUUUCAACCUCAUCUUCAACGAAACCCUCCUGGCGCCCUCCACAUCGGCAACCGUCUGCGCUGCCGCGGCAGAUGCCGUCGCGAACGGCAUUGUGAGGUACUGCAUCACGGAUGACGGUAUCGUCGCCGCGAUCGACUUCAUGCGCCGCGGUUCGCACAUGCCCGGCGCCCGCAAGAAGCAGAAGACGCCGUUCCUCACUCGCCUGCUUGCGGCGCUCACCGAGGCCCUCGACUCGCACGCUAUCCGCAUCGAGUACCUUCUCACCAUCCUCGCCGCACUCAUCUCGCGUUUGCGUCUCCGUAUUGCGCCGGGCGAGGCGAAGAUUGACCCUGCGGGGUGCGCCCAGACUGCCGCUGAGGAGCUCCUCCUCCCCCUUAUCCAGGACGUGGGAGACCUCCGCAGUCAGCAGGGCUUCGACCACAAGAACAAGGUCGACGACGUGCUCGGCAUGGCCAUCGAGGUUAUCGGUGUGGAGGGCGUGCUUAAGGCGCUCCCACUCAACAUCGAGCCGGAUGCCUCAGGCCGUCCGCCUCAGCCUGGCCGUGCCCACCUCCUGCCCCUCAUCCGCGCGCGCACGACCAACGACUCGCUUGCGUACUUCGCCGAGUACUUCCGCCCAUUGUCCGAGCGCAUCUUCGAGCGCAAGGUCAAGGCUGAGGACGCUGGCAAGGACACCGAGGCCAAGGUCUGGGAGACCAUUGUUAGCCAGAUCUGGGCAUGCCUCCCCGGCUUUUGCGACAUGCCUCGCGACCUCAAGGACGGCCUCACCAGCCAGUUCCUCAGCCUCAUCACUAACCUCCUCUACUCCCAACCGCUCCUUCUCUCGCCACUGCUCCGCUCAUUGACCGCGCUCGUCACCUCAACCGAGCGUCUGCUUGGCUCGACAACUGACCCAUCUGAGCUGCGCAAGCAGUUCGGUGUCGACCAGGAGCGUGCGAAGGAGGACCUUGUUGCGCUCAAGGCCCUGGCCAAGGACAUGGUCGGUGUGCUCCUCAACGUCUUCAGCUCCACUCCUCGCGAGCAGCGCGGCAUGGUCGGCGACGUCAUCGCCGCGUGGGUCCGCAUCAUGGACUCUUCGGACAUCGUUGAGACGUACAACACAGUCACCAAGCACCUCGGAGAGAAUCUCGGGUCAUCCAAGAUCCCUGGUCCCGGCGCAUCGCCUAUCUCGCACACUAUGAUGGACCUGCUCAUCAUCUUCGUUCCGAGCCUUGCUCCGGCUCAAUCAGUGGCCCUGUUCGAUGCGACGUCCACUCAGGCUCUGCUGCUUCACUCGGAUGCGACGGUCCAGAAGAAGGCGUAUCGUCUCCUCACCCGUCUCAUCGAAGCCGGCAAGCUCGGCGUCGCUGUCAACGGCGACAACCUCGAGCUCCUCGUCCAGAAGCUCAAUGAGGUCGCGACUGGUGUUGGCGCCGGUGCCCAGCGCGACCGCCUCCAGCUUCUCGGCACGGUUGUCGAGGCGCUUCCCACAGACCGCCUCCACCUCAUCCCCGAGCUGCUCUCCGAGGCUGUCCUUGGCACGAAGGAGACUAACGAGAAGGCCCGUGACGCCGGUUACGACCUACUCGUCCUCAUGGCGCACAAGAUGUCCAAGGGUGGCGAGGUCAAGCAGCAUGUCCCUGUCGACGAGGACAGCGAGGAGAUGGAGGAGAACACGGUCGCUGCCAACGUCCAGGAGUACAUUACCAUGGUGGCUGCUGGUCUCACUGCCGACACUCCGCACAUGAUCUCGGCCAGUAUCAACGCGCUGUCGCGUCUCCUCUUCGAGUUCAAGGACGACGUCUCUAACGAUCUCAUCUCGGAGCUCGUCGCCACCAUUGUCGUUUUCGUCGGUUCCAAGAACCGUGAGAUCGUCAAGUCGGCGCUCGGCUUUGUCAAGGUCGCUGUCGUUGCGUUGCCUAUUAACACCGUCGAGCCCCACCUGGACGCGCUCGUCCCCGCUCUCCUUGGCUGGGUCCACGACCACAAGAACCACUUCAAGUCGAAGACGGUCCACAUCUUCGAGCGCAUGAUCCGGAAGUUUGGCUACGACGUGGUGUACAAGAACGCACCCGCAGGUGGUGAGCGCAAGGUGCUGGAGAAUAUCAAGCGGCGCAAGGACCGUGCCAAGCGCAAGAAGGCUGCGGCUGAGAAUGGCGACGACGACGACGAGGGCAAGCCCAAGCAGUCGUCAGGAAACGCGUUCGAUGACAUCCUCUACAACUCGGACUCGGACCUCGAGUCGGAUGGCGAGGAGGAGGCGCGGCCAAUCAAGCCGCUCUCGAAGCGCCAGCGCAAGGCUGCCGCUGCCGCUGCAGCCGCUGGCCAGACUUUCAUCCGCAACGAGGGUGACGAACCGAUGGACUUGCUCUCGCGAUCGAUCGCGGGUGGAGUCACCAGUGCCGACCCGUCCGCCGCGUCCCGCAAGCGCAAGCCAGGGCAGGAUGCCGCACACUUCAAGACGGACCGCUCGGGCAAGCUUGUUAUCGAGGAGUCUGGCGACGAGGACGAGGGGAUGGACAUGAAGCGUGGGGCUGGCGAGGGCACCGCGUACAUGGCGGCGAUGCGGAGCGUCGACGGCGCGACUCGCGAUGCUCGCGGCGGCCUCAAGUUCAACAAGAACACAAAGAGGGCCCGCGAGGCCGAGCGGGAGGACGAGGCGAUGAUGGACCUCGACGAGCUGAUCGGCGACAAGAAGCCGAAGAAGGCCAAGAAGAGGGCUGUCAAGCUCGGCGAGGAGUUCCGCUCCAAGCGCGGCAAGGGAGACGUCAAGCGCAGCGACGGGCCCGACCCGUUCUCGUACGUCCCUAUCGGGCAGGCGGCGCAGCGUAAGGACAGGGUUGGACACCGCGUCAACCUCACCAACAAGAAGAAGGGGUCUCGCGCGUAG